GCCCCAGGCGAGCUUCAUUCCCCAUCAUGGAGAGUCAGAGAGUCCAGUCCUCGUACAGGAAGCGUUAUGGGCCUCAGGGCUCCAGCUCCACAGCCCCAAGAAUCGGGAGCCUUUCCUCCAACCGCUUCUCCUGGCAUGGCUCCCCGCGCAUCCUCACCCACUCCAGCCCAAUAUCCAGGAUCUCCCUGGGCUCCACCAACCCGGCCCUUUUCCUGGGGAGCCCCGCCGACCGGCUGGACUUCCCCGCCGAGUCCCUGAUGAAGGCCCAAUUCAAGGAGACUCGCACCAACGAGAAGCUGGAGAUGAUGGGCCUGAACGACCGGUUUGCCAGCUUCAUCGACAAGGUGCGCCUGCUGGAGCAGCAGAACAAGCUUCUGGGGGUGGAGCUGAACCAGGUGAAGGGGAGGGAGCCCAGCCACUUGGGAGACAUCUACCAGGAGGAGCUGAGAGAGCUGCGACGGCAGGUGGACGGUCUCACUAACGGCAAAGCACGGCUGGAGAUAGAGAGGGACAACCUGGCCGCAGAUGUGGGAACACUGAAGCAGAGGCUGCAGGACGAGAUCGGCCUCCGACAGGAUGCAGAGAACAACUUGAACGCCUUCAGACAGGAUGUGGACGAGGCUUCCUUAAAUCGAGUCCAGUUAGAGAGGAAGAUCGAUGCCCUGCAGGAUGAGAUCAACUUCCUGAAGAAGAUCCAUGACGAGGAGAUUCGUGAUAUACAGGAGCAGAUCAUGUGCCAGCAGGUGCACGUUGACCUGGAUGUGUCCAAACCCGACCUGACUGCUGCCCUGAGAGACAUCAGGGUCCAGUAUGAAACCAUGGCCUCCUCAAACAUGCAGGAGACGGAGGAGUGGUACCGAUCCAAGUUUGCCGACCUGACAGACGCAGCCAAUCGAAACGCAGAAGCCCUGCGCCAAGCCAAGCAAGAGGCCAACGAAUACCGGCGCCAGGUCCAAGUGGUGACCUGUGACAUGGAGGCGCUCCGUGGAGCAAACGAUUCUCUGGAACGCCAGCUCCGGGAGAUGGAGGACCGCUUCGCCAUGGAGACCGCCGGUUAUCAGGAUACAGUGAACCGUCUGGAGGAGGAGAUCCAUGCCCUGAAGGAUGAGAUGGCGAGGCACCUGCAGGAGUACCAGGACCUCCUCAACGUCAAGCUGGCCCUGGACAUCGAGAUCGCCACCUACAGGAAGCUGCUGGAGGGAGAGGAGACCAGGAUCGCUUUUCCAGUUCAGAGCUUUUCCAACGUGCAGUUUCGAGAAACUAAUCUGGACACCAAAACCCAUGAGUCCCCUGUGAAGAGGAGCAUCCUGGUUCGAACUGUGGAGACCAGAGACGGGGAGAUCAUCAAGGAUUCGACCUCUGAACACAAAGAUCUGCCUUAAACCAGCUCUCCCAGCUCAUCCUCCGUAACGAUAUGAGGAGUUUCUAUGCGUAUUAUCACUUCUUGUUGUUGUUUGCAAACCCCAGAGCUGCCCUGUCAGAGUCAUCACACCAUUUCAUAUGUCUCUCCUUUAUCGUUAUCCUUGGACUAAACUAUUUACUGCCUUACACUCAUGUUGUAACCCUGAAGUACCACGAAACGUCAUCACUAAUUUCUGUUUAGCUUUUUGUACCGCUCCACUUGUUAGCUUGAGUUCAUCUUAAAUGGUCUGUAGCUAGUUCCAGUGAAGAAAAAGGACUGGAAUUUACUGGUAAUGUGUUUAACUUUAACCUGGACUGACAGACCUAAUUUUUUGCUUUGUUUCUGAUCAGCUGGCGUAGAGGAGGCCUCGAAACGUAGCGAUCAUGGUGGAGGUCGACAUGUGGUUAUUGUGUAUGUGAAUUAGGGUGAUGAAGAUGCAAGAGGGAGUUGGGGCUUUUCGCGGAAUUCAAAGUGGGUUUCGGGCAGGGAAUGAGAGAUUUGUGUAUGUUAGAGCAACGUUUGGCAGAAAGUGAAUGUAAGCCGAUUCUUUUUUUCUACUUUUGACCGGGUGCUAUUUUACGUCUCAUUUGCUUGCUGCAGCAGCCACACGUUGCUUUAAGGUCCUGCACACUAGAACAAGAUUUGCAUGCUUCGGACUGGACCUGCUCUCGGAUUUGAAUUUGGCUGCGCUCCGCUGGUUUGUUUCCAUGAUCUUCUGCUGCUGCUGUGAAUGUAUAGUCCUUUACAUAACCGAGAGGAAAACAAAGAUACGUACACUCACUGUAUUUAACCUUAUUCUGAAAGGGUCUUAAAUGUAACUGAAGAAUACUGUAUUUUAACACAGAGAUGCAUCUACUCGUGCGUGUGUGAGCAUCUCAAUUGCAAAUGCAGUGGUUUAUUUCCCCGUCUGCUUUGCGGCAGUCAUCUGUGAGAAAAGUUUCACCUGAAUAAAUAAACAAUAACAAUUUGUAGUUUAGAUUCUUUUUUGUACCCUGGUGACCUUUUACAACCACCUGCAAUUGUCUGUAAUUAAAAAAAUUGAAUUAGCACAAAUAAGUGAAAACAACCAAAUGUCAUCCCUACAUGAAUUAACCUCUCGCCUGCACCUAUUUCUUCCACCACACACUCAUCUGAUGGUGUUUCUCCAACACAACCUGAUAAUACAUGAUCAUUUUUUGGACGUGUCAGGGUCUGCCCACUUAUCCAGCACGAGUGGUGUUAGGGACAGGGCCGGGCUGGAGGUGUGGAGGAGGGUGUUUGGUAAAACUGACUCGACCUUUGCUCCCACUGCUUCCAGUUAAUCCUUUGAAUUCACCAGCCAGUUUCUGUAGUGGUUUACUGAUAGCAGAGCGAGACGCAGAGGUGGAGGAGGGUGCUGUGGAGAUAACCUCCAACAACCCAGCAGUGCAGCUGGAACCCUUGUUUUUAUUUUCAUUUUGAAAAGGAGGAUGUUGAAGUAGAAGGCCGCUGUAAGGAUGGAUGGAUGAAUGAAUGGAUGGAUGGAUGGAUGGAUGGAUGGAUGGAUGGAUGGAUGGAUGGAUGGACGUCCCAGCUCAGACACUGUAAUCCUUGUGAUUCUCUGGAAGCCCUUGCUGACUGUAGCCGUGCUGACAGGCCCUGGCACUAAUGAGCAUGGUACUCUACUCCGUGGCUGGCUGUCUCUGCUCAUCGCCAAGGACACACUGUGAUUCGUGUUCCCAUGUGCCUCCCACCUUCUUCUCCCCUCCGCAACUUCCACCCUGAUCACACGACCCUUUCUUCUCUCUCUCCCAUUAACAUCCAGCCCUCUCACUUUGUUUUGUGUUUAUUAGAGUCUCCUAGCAAAGACACAGCUGCUGAAACCUCUGCAUAUGUGAAUAUAACAGUAGUUUUGACCAGUGCUGCAAUCUGUGGAGCCAUGUUAACUUAACAACAAUAAAAGAUUGUGUUUGUUAGAG